AUGCGCCAAGGAAUGGGCGCAAGUAUGGCUCCUCUAUCCACUCGUGGAGGCGGACGCAGGCGCGGAACGUCUCGUCGAGGUGCCGCCAACCACAUGAGCGCCAAUGGAAAGUCUAUAGAUGUCUCUGCAGGAGAUGGUACUGAUGGUGGUGUUGAUAAUGAGCACACUGUCAACGCUGAUGCUGAAGAUGGGGCUUGCACCAGUCCUGAGGUCGUGGUGGUGUCCGGAUCCAGCAUGCCUGUUCUUUCUAAUUCCAUAGAUGUUUCAACCUGUCUGAAUCCUCUCACUAGCCUUGCCGGGGGGCGCAAGGGUCGUGUAUGUGGUCCUGGGAUUAAUAUUAAUCUCAGCCCCAAUUCCGGUAACGGAUGUCUGAUGGGACCCGGCGUAAGCAGCCUUGUUAGCCUACCAGUGGCCACCGGCAGCACUCGGGGCACUUACGAUCGCAACACCGGUGUGGCAUUUAGCGCUACUGGACAGGUAGAAUAUUCUUUUAAUUUUUUAGCUUAUCAUGAGUCAUAUUUCGAAUGCAAUCACUCUUGA